UGCUGCUCAUUGAUGUCCAAGAGAACAAACGCGUAUCGAUAACCUUAUCAUAACGACGCGCCUUGAGCUGUUCACUCCGGCGUGCCACUGCACAGUUUCCUUACGCCUGCAAGGUGUUAUUGCUUUGUCACUAGCCGCAAAUUAACUUGAAUGGGUAAGCUGGACCCGUCGCAGCUGGACCGAUGGUGGAAGUCGCGGAUUGAAAAGGAGGAGCUUCAAUAUGCAUUAAAGGCGGGCCUCCAAGAAGAGGCAGCACGAGCGCAACAGAAAGAGGUCGCCUUCUUGAAUACCCUUGGUAGCGCUCAGGUCACGUCCAGAGCCUCCGAAACCAACGCAAGUACAGGGCCAAAGAUACGCUCCGCCCGAGAUGGAGCGGGGCGCCCAAAGUCCGCGUGGGCAGGCAGCAAUGCGGGUGCUUCCGAGGCUGCUGCAGCGACCUCCCCCAAGAGUGUUGUCAAGAGUGUUCGAAUGGACGAUGCUCGUAGCAUUGCCUCGGGCGCCUCCGGCUCGCAGGCGGCUGGCGGCAACGGCGGAGGAACCGUGAAGCUGCCCUCCGUGGCUUGCUCACAACGCACAUCAAAGGUCAGCCAGGCCAAAGCAGACUCCCAAGCAGCGCUGAUGCGGCGAUUGGAGGGGCUAGAGGAGGCGCUGUCAGCCGAGCGCGUCAAGAGGCAGCAGGCGGAGGAGGAGAUGCGGCAGCUCAUGCAGAUGGCGGCGCAGCAGAGGAGGGCCAACAGGUAGUUGCGCUUUGCCGUACGAAAGGAUUGACGUACGGAGGAAUGGGUGUACGGAGGUACACGCACGUAUGGGAGGGGAGGCACGGAGUAUGGAGAUAGGGAAUAACGGUUGAGAUUGUGGAGUACCAUCUGUAGGUUUUUGGAGGAUGUUGGAUUUGGCUAGAAUGCCGGAUGGCUUUUGCAGUCUGGAUGCGGGCAUGGCAGGUACGGUAAUCUGCGUGCGUAAGCUGUGUAUUCAUUGCGUGCUUCAGUAUCAGAAUUGGGAUGCUAUCCGGGAUCUCAUGUAUCAGGCUGGGUUGGAAUUGCUGUUGGCUGUACGGCGUACAGUUAUUACAUCGUACAUGUUAUAUUGAUACGGGCAGGCUGCAAGCUAAAUAUAUCGGCAGCAGGUAUGGUGGAGAGGAGGAUGCACGUGAAACGGAAUUGCAGAUGCAGGCGGGAUUCUGCCAUGCCAGAUGCAGACGUGCAGGUUUGCGGUGGGCCCUAUGCAUGCACACGUGGCCAGCGUGGGGCGUAUGGGAUGUGAAGUUGUG